AUGGAGGAUUCAGAAAAAAGGAUAAGACACUACAGUAGCAAACACAAAAUCCUUCUCGUCGGAGAAGGAGACUUCUCUUUCUCACUAUGUCUAGCUUCAGCUUUUGGCUCGGCCACAAACAUCACAGCGACCUCACUCGAUUCAGAAGAUGAAUUGAGCAAAAAAUAUAUGGAUGCGAUGGUUAACGUACGCAUGUUGACGAGAUUCGGGUGCGAUGUCCAGCAUGAGGUUGACGUGCACACAAUGAGCUUCGACCACUGUCUGAGCCUGAGGCGCUAUGACCGCAUUGUAUUCAACUUCCCUCACGCAGGGUCUCGUUUCUUCGGACGUGAAUUUUCCUCUAACGCCAUCGAGGGCCAUCGAGUGCUAGUUCAGGGGUUCCUUGAGAACGCUAAGGAGAUGUUAGAAGAGAACGGGGAGAUUCAUAUCACACACAAGACAACGUAUCCGUUCUCCGAUUGGGAGAUAAAGAGUCUAGCUAAAGCAGAAGGUUUAAAGCUGGUUAAGGAGUCAAAGUUCGAGCUUAGUCAUUAUCCUGGUUAUACCAACAAGAGAGGUAGUGGGGGACGUCGGAGUGAUGAUUACUUUCCCGUUGGAGAAUGUUCUACUCUCAUGUUUAUCCAAAAGAGAAAACAUUGAUCCAACUCCAACCCCAUCUCCAAAUUUAAGCCAAAAAAAACUCCA